AUGGGCUUUUCAGAAGACUUAUUCAAUGAUAUUAUGUCUCCAGCUUCUGCCUCCAUUCGACUGAAGUGCCGCGCCGGUGACUGUGCCAUUGCGGAAGUCUCGGUCGCCUUCAACGUGCCAUCUCGAAAUCGCAAAUGCUCAAAAGCUGUGUUAGAAGGAUGCUUCCAGCCAUACGGUCUUAAACGGGACGUUUUUCACUGUUCGACCAAGAAAAAUUCUUCUCAGGCGUUGGGCAGCCACGUUUUAGCUCUCCGCCUCGAACGUUGUGGUUAUAUAUCUUGCCGAAACAUCAUGCAUGAAAUUGGUCUCUAG